AUGGAAGGGUUAAACACAAACAGCUGGGUCCUGAAAUCUCCCUUCAGCAUCACCAACCUGCUCCAAGAUGUGGCCUCAAGCGGCGCUCCCGAGGGAUCUCUGUCAGCACCGCCGUUGAGGGAAGAAGAGAGCAUAGCAGCAGCUGGUGAAGAACGGCAGAGGUUGAGCAAAGAGGAUCUUUCUGGGGAAAGGAGACGGAAACAGGAGAAGCCGCCUUUCAGCUACAAUGCCCUGAUAAUGAUGGCCAUCCGCCAGAGCCCUGAGAAGCGCCUCACCCUCAACGGCAUCUAUGAGUUCAUCAUGGGGAACUUCCCGUACUACAAGGAGAACAAGCAAGGGUGGCAGAAUUCCAUCCGCCACAACCUUAGCCUCAACAAAUGCUUUGUCAAAGUGCCCCGACACUAUGACGACCCCGGCAAAGGCAACUACUGGAUGCUGGACCCUUCCAGUGAGGAUGUCUUCAUUGGAGGUGCCACUGGCAAGCUUCGGAGGAGGCCAUCCUCUGCUUCUCGGGCCAAGCUGACCUUCAGGAGAGGAGCUAGGCUAGCUUCGGCUGGGUUGACCCUUGCUGGAUCACUCUACUGGCCUCUGCCUCCUCUUUAUGGUGCCUCCUCAACUUACUUGAGCCAUCAUCCCGGCACCUUCUCUUCAAUUUUCUCCCAUCAGGCUAUUACUCCUCCAGGGAUACACAGACAGAUGGAAGGAGAUGGCUCUUAUGGCAGUCACCAACACAUUGCCACAACUAUGCUGGUCUCAGCCAUACCCUACAGCCUGUCCGCACCCAACUGUCUGGACUCCUGCUCCGUCAACUUCCUGGCUGGCCAGGCGAGUUACAUCUUCUCUCAGAGACAUCAUCACACCUUGCCAAUUAACCCUCAAGUUGUCCUCCCAUCUAAAGGCACCCUAGAUCUCCUUGGUGGAGUCCCUCCAACUUUCCCUGGACGACUUUCUCCCGAGCUCCCGAGCUACUUUCCUUUUCAGAAUCAGGGAGUUCCAUUUAAUCCAAGCCUGCCUUGA